AAUCUUUUAGGAAUCACCUGGGCGACGCGUUUACUGUGCGACGAAGGUGAACACAAUGACGACAGAGAGUGCGACGCACGUGUGUCCCGAGAAGCUGGAAAAAUGGCGGACGAGAGGCUUCAGUUCCACGAAAUGGGCCUUGACGACCGUCUUUUAAAGGCGGUGGCAGAUCUGGGUUGGUCCCAGCCGACCUUGAUCCAGGAGAAGGCCAUCCCUCUGGCUCUGGAGGGCAAAGACCUGCUGGCGCGAGCGCGGACCGGUUCCGGCAAGACCGCCGCUUACGCCGUGCCCGUCAUCCAGCGGAUCCUGACGUCCAAGCAGAGCGUUCGCGAGCAGGACGUGCGGGCUCUGAUCCUGGUGCCCUCCAAGGAACUGGGCCGGCAAGUCCAGGCGAUGAUGAGGCAGCUGACGGCGUACUGCUCCAGAGACGUCCGCGUGGCCGACAUCUCCGGCAAAGAUGACGUGUCUGCGCAGAGGCCCGUCCUGAUGGAGAAGCCCGACGUGGUGGUGGGCACGCCGUCGCGGGUUCUGGCCCACCUCGACGCGCGCAACCUGCUGCUGCGCACGUCGCUGGAGACGCUGGUGGUGGACGAGGCCGACCUGCUCUUCUCCUUCGGCUUUGAGGACGACCUGAAGAAUCUGCUGUGCCACCUGCCCAAGAUCUACCAGUCCUUCCUCAUGUCCGCCACCCUCAGUGAGGACGUUCAGGCCUUAAAGGAGCUUCUGCUGCACAAUCCCGUGACCCUGAAGCUGCGAGGCUCCCAGCUGCCCGACAGCAGCCAGCUGCAGCAGUUCAGCAUCCGUUGCGAGGAGGAGGACAAGUUCCUGCUCAUCUACGCGCUGCUCAAGUUGCGGCUGGUGCAGGGCAAGACGCUGAUCUUCGUGGGAGCCGUGGACCGGUGCUACCGCCUCAAGCUCUUCCUGGAGCAGUUCAGCAUUCCCGCCUGCGUGCUCAACUCAGAGCUGCCCGUCCGGUCCAGGUGUCACAUCAUCGCGCAGUUCAAUCAGGGUUUCUACGACUACAUCAUCGCCACGGACGAGCACGGCCUGGCCGACCCCGCCGCCGCGUCGCAGCGCGCGGGGAAAGGCAAGAGGAAGAAGAAGAAGACGGCGGCGGCGGCGGGAAGCGCUAAAGAGACGGAAUACAGCGCCUCCCGAGGCGUCGACUUCCAAAACGUCAACAACGUCAUCAACUUUGAUUUCCCCGCCACCGUGGAGUCGUACAUCCAUCGGGUGGGAAGGACGGCGAGGGCCGACAACCCGGGCACGGCCUUGUCCUUCGUCGCUCGCACGGAAACCGCUUUGCUCUCUGAAGUUGAGGAGACGCUGACUGGAGAUGACGCAGAAUCUUCCCUGAAACCGUUCCAGUUUAAGAUGGAGGCUGUUGAGGGCUUCAGGUACAGAUGCAGGGAUGCGAUGCGAUCGGUCACCAAGCAGGCGGUGAGAGAGGCCCGACUGAAGGAGAUCAAGCUGGAACUGCUAAAUUCCGAAAAGCUGAAGACGUAUUUCGAAGACAACCCGAGGGACUUGCAGCUGCUCAGGCACGACCAAGACCUUCACCCUGCAGUCAUCAAACCGCACCUGAAGAAUGUCCCCGAAUACCUCAUUCCCGACGCUCUGAGGGGCGUGAUCAACCCUCUGUCCAAUCGGAGGAGGAGGAACAGGCCCAACCAAAACCCCAAAGCGCACGGGGUCGCCAAACGCAGCUUCAAGGGAAAGAACCCACUGAGGAAUUUCCGCUUCACCAAAAGGAGGACGCACAAAAGGCCCAGCCAGACAAAAUGAUCCAAAUAUGCAAAUCAAACCAAUUGACUUACGUUGACUUCCACUUCCUGCAAAAGCAAAACAUUUUUGUAUUUCUGUACCUUUCCAUUCCUGAUAAAAACGUCUUUGUAUCCCCGAAUCCUUUUUGCCCCUCACUGAAGCCGUUCACAUUCAAAGCAAGUCAAGUGGAACAGCGGCCGUCUGCAAUCUUCAUCGCAGUUUUAUUUGCGUUUUUCUCCCAGAUGGAAAAUAAAAACUCGCCUUUAGGUCCUGAAUA